CUAAGACUGAGAUGAAUUACUUUUGGACGCCACGAAAUUAAAAGGACGCAUUAAAUUAAGGGGAAAGGUCGUGAAAAACUGCCAACCCACAUAAUAUUCCAAUUGUUGGAGUAGAGAAAUAUUUGAAUAAUGGAUGAAUACGGCUUUGGAGCAAGAUUACGACAUUUAGAAUACAUUCUGUUCGGUCAACAGGAGCAAUACAGCAAUACCACCCUCAACGAGGCAACAGUACCAGAACGAUUAGAAGCGCUUCAAAAAGAACUGAAUAAUGUAUACAGACAAAAUAAACCCAUCAAAGACUUUAUAAGAAAAUAUGAAGCACAUUCCGAAAAGUUGAAUCCCGUUACAUCAACCUUUAUGUUGGAACGUGAGAAUUUGGCUUCCGAUGUCAAAGUAGAGUUACUGUUAAAUGCUCAAGAAGAUAUCGAGAAGUUUGCAAAAGAAGUUAAGCAAAUCAAAGAUUUGGAAUAUGUGAUUAAUGGAUCUGAUUUAGCUGCAGUGGAUACAUUGGAACCAAAGCUAGCGCCGUUAGAGAUGUCACAUACAGAUCAAGUUACCGAACUCCAUAGAUUAACGAAGCAGAUUACAGACUUUAUGGAACGGUACAAUGGAACAGUGAACACACUAUCAGAAAUAUUUAUAUCCUGGGACAACAUUCUCACAGGCGUUGAGACGCAUUUACUGAAUUUGGAACGUCAGCGUUCGCAAUCAUAAUAACCAUCAAAACCCCAAUCACUAUACCCUUUGGAGUUGGUCUGAUCAGAAAAUAAACUAUUGUUAGUGCACGGGCAAAAAACUUGCUUUCAAUAGAGAGUUCAAAACUAUGGUUUCGAUUGAAUAGAGUAACAGAGAACAUAUUGCAAUGGUGAGAAACAGUGAGAUGUCAUACCAUCAGCACUACUCAAAGAUUUGCUUUGAAGCAAAGUUUUGGGUGUUUUUGACAGUGAAUUACACGUCUUUAAGAAAGUGCACAACUUUUCGUUAAGCGUUUAGCAGUAUAUAUUUUGUAUGGCUCUAAUGCUAUUUCGAAAGAAGUCAUUGGAGCUAUGUCUUAGGAUACGAGCCUUCAUAUAUUUAUGUUGAAGUAGGUAGCUUGGGAAUCAUAUUGAGGUCAAAGCAACAAUGUAGCUUUCCCUUUUACUCUAAAUCAAAAUAUCAACCAACUCACCUGAUUGUUCACUAGCUAUUAAAAUUAUCAAAUUCUAU